UUAUGUAAUUUUUUUUGCAGUUGUGUUCGAGGUGGAUAGAAACACGAUCAGUUUUUUUAGUUUUUAUUAAUUUCUGCAAAUAAAUUCCAAAUUUACCCUAAUUUAUCCCUUUGUAAAACUAUUCAAUAUGUCUUUUCUACGCCAAACUUCCAAUUUAUUAAAAUCAGUUGUGCGUUCUUCGAAAAUUCAAGGCCAAAUAAAGAAUGUGGCUGCUGCAUCACAAUUGCGUUACUAUAGCAGCGAGAAUGCUGAAGAUGCUUCCAACUUUCCAGGUGCCAAGGCUCCGUUCGUUACACAACCUAGUUUUACCAUGCCUUCAGAUUAUUCUCCCAUACCCAUUUAUAGGGUAAUGGAUCGCGAGGGUAAUAUUAAGGAUGAAUCACAAGAUCCCAAAUUGGGCAAGGAUAUCGUGCAGAAAAUGUUUCGUGACAUGGUUUUGUUAAAUACAAUGGACAAAAUUUUAUAUGAAUCCCAACGUCAGGGUCGUAUAUCAUUCUAUAUGACUAAUUUUGGCGAAGAAGCCAGUCAUAUUGGCAGCGCUGCCGCUUUAAACCUGAGCGAUUUGAUAUACGGUCAAUAUCGUGAAGCUGGUGUUUUGGUUUGGAGAGGUUUUACGAUCGAACAAUUCAUAAAUCAAUGUUAUGGCAAUGAUCUUGAUUUGGGUAGAGGCAAACAGAUGCCUGUUCAUUAUGGGUCCAAGGAAUUGAAUUUUGUUACAAUUUCUAGUCCUUUGUCCACACAAAUGCCUCAAGCUGUUGGUGCUGCUUAUGCAAUGAAACGUCGUGAAAAUAACGAUAGUUGUGUUGUUUGCUACUUUGGUGAAGGUGCUGCAUCUGAAGGCGAUGCUCAUGCUGCUUUCAAUUUUGCUGCCACUUUAGAUUGUCCUGUUAUUAUGUUCUGUCGCAACAAUGGUUUUGCCAUUUCAACACCAUCUCAUGAACAGUAUAAGGGUGAUGGUAUAGCUGCACGCGGUCCCGCUUAUGGCAUAGCAACAAUUCGUGUUGAUGGUACUGAUGUGUUUGCAGUUUACAAUGGCAUGAAAAUGGCUCGGGAAUACACUUUGCGUGAAAAUAAACCAGUUAUUUUUGAAGCUAUGGCUUAUCGUGUUGGACAUCAUUCCACCUCAGAUGACUCAACUGCCUACCGUUCGGCUGAAGAAAUUGAAAUUUGGAAUUCCACAGAACAUCCCAUUUCCAAGCUUAAGAGCUAUAUGAUUAAACAGGGUUGGUUUAAUGAAGAAGAGGAAAACGCUUUUGUUAAAGAUGUACGCAAACAAGUUUUAAAACAAAUUUCUGUAUCUGAAAAGAAACUGAAACCCAGCUACAAGGAAAUGUUUGAAGGCGUUUAUGAUGAAAUGCCUCAACACUUAAAAGAACAGUUGAAGGAAUUGGAAGAACACGUAGCCGCUCAUAAAGAUUACUAUCCCGUUAAAAACUUCAAAGCCUAAACGAAGGAAUAGAACAAUUCUUUAGCAUUUUCUCAAAUGAACGGACCCAACAAAGAGACUAGUUUAAAGUGCAUUUAUUAGUUUAUUUAAGUAGUACAAGUUAUAUAAAUAUAUAUAUGUAAAUAAUUUUAAAGCAAUUAUUAUUUUUGUUUGAGGGUAUAAUUUUAAAAAAACCAAAUAAUGUAUUGUUGUUAAUUGGACAAAAGUGUAUGUUGUAUUUCCUUCCGAAAAUAUAUAUUUUUUAUAUUAUGUGUUUUAGCCGCUAAUUGAAAAUAUACAGAGCAUAACAGCAGUUUAAAAAUAAAAAAACAAAGUCGUUUUUUUUUCAUUAAAACUUUAAUA